CCCGGGGAGCAGCUUCAAACUCCUGGGCUGGAGGGUGGGCCUGAGUCCCCAGGCGAAGCUGGGAGCACAGUUCCCUCGGUUCACUGCGCUCGCGGUGAGGGCCGCGGGGGAGCAGCCCCUGGUAGGUAACUUGACUGGCGCCCAUCUGAGUUCCCAGCACUGCUGAAAUUCUCGCCUUAGCGUUCCGGCGGCCGGAAAACCUGGGCGCAUCCCGGGACAAAGGGCCAGCCCUCCAGAAGUAGCCGUGUGCGACUGGUGUGUGCCAGCUCGUGUACGCGGGUCCGCGUGUGUAACCAAGCUGCCUACUGCCCUGGGCUCCGGAAAACAAACAAACGCCUUUCUACGUAUUUUGGGCGGUGAGGAGGGCAGUGCAGUUUGAACAAAGCCGGCUGCACCUUGAGGAUGAUUCCCAAGGAGUGUGACCUCUGGUUUCCUCGCCUCUUGUGAUGGUUUUCUGCGGAGAGCAGCAGGGGUGUGUGCGUGUGUGUGUGUGUGUGUGUGUGUGUGUGUUUCCCCGAGGAGCAGGAGGGGGCCCGCGAGGCAGGGACUUGCUCUAACUUGUUCACACCUGGCGUGGUUUCCCCAACGCUCCUUGGCGUCCAAGGCCCUGGAGACACGCACGCGGAGGGCGAGGACUGAUCGCUGAAGACACCAUCAACUCCCACUUAGACGCCCACGCUGCCCAGAGACCUGUCCUUUUUAUAAAAAAAGAACAAAUGGACGGAUGGGUUUCUAUUGAUGCGUAAAAUUAUAAACGGCCCGGAAAGCAAGACAGAGGGCCGGGGAGAGGGGAAUGGGCAAUUGACAAGACUCCCACAGAAGAACUGCAGAGAAUUCGGACUGGGAGGCAAAUCCAAGGACGCACUCGUAGCUGGCAAGGCUGCCUCACAGAAGGGCCGUCCGGGGUCGGGGUCGCGCUGUUGGGACCUGACUCCAUCGGUUCCCCUAGCCUCGGGGGCUCGGAGCUGGCCCGCGCGCCAGGCAACACUUGGGCUGCCCAAAGGAGGACAAAAUUAGGAUGCAGUGCAAGCUCCGGAGGUGGCCGAGCUGUGCCGCCAAGUAAACAGCCGAGAUCUCUGGCGUCUCUGGGGACGCUGCCCCUGGGCCGGGAGAGCAGGAGGCGGCGACGCGAGGACGCGCGCAGAGCCUGGGCGCGCGGGAGGCGGGUGUUUGGCUGGAAGUGGGACAGUGUCUCCUAUGGGAAAGCGGGACCCGGCGAGCUCUUUGGCUGCUUUUCCAGUUUCGGAGGUGCCCGCCCCCGCACGCCGGAGGCAGCGCAGCCCGGAGGGCGAACGAAUGGCGGUUGGCAAACUUGGAACGAGAGAGCGCUCGGAAUCCGAAUUGCCGGAAUUGUGACGGCAGCGGGGGCGGCCGAGACCCAAGUUCACUUUUUCCGCCCGCCCGCCCGCCCCGCGGGCCUCAGGGACCGGGUUUGCUCGAGCUCCUACCAGGUGGAGCGCCUCGCUAGAGGGAGUUGUGUCAAUUUGCUCCGAGGCAGGGCGGGCGGUGGCCUGGGCGGGUGGGGAGGGGUCCCUGGGGUUCCGAGAGCCUCUCCCUGCGUCUGCCCUCCCAGCCGCCCCUCCCAAGUCUUUCUUUCUCACUCCUUCCCCAGGCUGGCUGGGCCCGCGCGGACUUGCCCCAAACCUACGGGGAGCGCCCCAGGUCUUUAAUGACAGCUUAAAAGUGGCUGUUGGAUAAGGCGAAAGGGAAGAGGCUGAGGUGGGGCGUGUUUCGCUCCUUUGCAAGAGUCGGAAAGGGAGCUGGGAGCUGUGCGGCUGGCCCCAGGCCCCCGCGCCUCGCCGCCAGCAAGUAGGUGGGGGAACCGCCGCCGCCGCCAGCCCAAUCCCGCUCCCAAGCCUCGCCCGCUGCGCCCUGGCCGCGGGCGCAGAGAGGGUGCGGGGCCUCGCCGUGCCUCCUCCACCCUGCUCAUUAACCUGCCUGCUCCGCUCCGGGCGGCCCCAGACACAGGCUUCUCGAAGCAACACCCGCGGCCCGCCAGGCGCAGCCGCCUGCCUCCCUGAACCCUCGGCUCCGGGGGGCAAUGAAGGGGCGGUGGAAGGGGCACUGCUCCUCGGGCAUUACUUAGAGAAGCGAGACCGCCCCGCCCUCCCGCCGGCCCACCCUCUCUCCCGCCCGGGCCCGCGCGCCACUCCGCCAGAGGGACAGUCGGCCCAAUAUGUCAAGACCUCUGAUCACUAGAUCUCCUGCAUCUCCACUGAACAACCAAGGCAUUCCUACUCCAGCACAACUCACAAAAUCCAAUGCGCCCGUCCACAUUGAUGUGGGCGGCCACAUGUACACCAGCAGCCUGGCCACCCUGACCAAAUACCCUGAAUCAAGAAUCGGAAGACUUUUUGAUGGUACAGAGCCCAUUGUUUUGGACAGUCUCAAACAGCACUAUUUCAUUGACAGAGAUGGACAGAUGUUCAGAUAUAUCUUGAAUUUUCUACGAACAUCAAAACUCCUCAUUCCCGAUGAUUUCAAGGACUACACUUUGUUAUAUGAAGAGGCAAAAUAUUUUCAGCUUCAGCCCAUGUUGUUGGAGAUGGAAAGAUGGAAGCAGGACAGAGAAACUGGUCGUUUUUCAAGGCCCUGUGAGUGCCUCGUGGUACGUGUUGCCCCAGACCUCGGAGAAAGGAUCACGCUCAGUGGUGACAAAUCCUUAAUAGAAGAAGUAUUUCCAGAGAUCGGCGACGUGAUGUGUAACUCUGUCAACGCAGGUUGGAAUCACGAUUCGACGCAUGUCAUCAGAUUUCCACUGAAUGGCUACUGUCACCUCAACUCAGUCCAGGUCCUCGAGAGGUUGCAGCAAAGAGGAUUUGAAAUCGUGGGCUCCUGUGGGGGAGGAGUGGACUCGUCUCAGUUCAGCGAAUAUGUCCUGCGGCGGGAGCUGAGGCGGACACCCCGCGGGCCCUCUGUCAUCCGGAUAAAGCAAGAGCCUCUGGACUAAACGGACAUAUUUCUUAUGCAAAAAGGAAAAAACAUACACAACAAAUAACGCAAACAAAAAAAGGACAUUUAUGUGCAGUUGGGACAGCAAACCAAGUCCUGGACAUAAAAUUGAAUAAAAGACACAUUUAUAUCCAAUAGAGACCACACCUGUAUUCACAUGGGAACAAUUGGAAUAGUGAUAUCCUCAAGGUGUAAAAAAUAUAUAAAUAUAUAUAUAUAUAUGUCAAAUGGUAGGAAAUGCAAAAAAAUUUUAAAAAUUAAAAAAAUAAAGAAAAAAAAGGUGGUAGCUACAGUUGGUGCUGUGAUGGCCGUGAAGUGUCCUGGGCCUCCCAAGGCCUCUGACCAAUAAACAAGCCAUGAGCAGUGAGGACGCAUCUCCUUACAGUUUCCAUUGCCAACAGCCAUCCAUUGUUUCUUUUUCUUUGUCUUUCCUUUUUCCUUUUUUGUUUUUCUUUUUUUUUUAAAAAAAAAAAACACCACAACAUACCAUACCUUGAAUUGAGUUUCUUUGCAUAUGGAGGUUUCAUGCCUCUCUUUAGGCGGGGACUGGGCAGGACGUCAGAAAAACUCUUAUGAGCACAUUGCAUUCAAAAGGUGUUAGACAUGACAUUUUAAAUGUAGUUUGUACAGAAGUCACUUUUUUGUCCGCCUCACAGAUGUGAACAUUACUUUGUUUUUAAACUGAUCAGUUUUGCAAAGGGGCCAGAAUUAUUACUUGUUAGAAUUGCUCCAGUUUGAGUCUGCUGCUUUCCUACAAUUUUUCAAAUUUUAUAAUGUAUUAAAUACAAUAAACUCUGUUUAAAAAACAA